GCAGGGGCGGGGCCCACGGCCGCGGGACCUUUAAAUUGGCUGCCCGGGCGCCGGUCACCCGCCCGCCACUAACUCAGUCACCGAGCGACGACCCACCGACGGACACGGGCAGCAGCGCGGAGCCCACCAUGCCGCGCCACCUCCCGGGACUGCUUCUCUUGCUCUGGCCACUGCUGCUGCUGCAACCGCCCCCCGCCGCCCCCAGCCCCAUGGCCCGCCCGGGCUUACGCAGGUUGGGGACUCGCGGCCCAGGGGGCAGCCCCGGACGCCGGGGCCCCGCUCCGGUCGCCCCCGCCAGCGUGCCCUACUCCGGAACCGGCCAGCCCGGCGGGGCCCACGGCGCAGGUAUUUGCAAGAGCAGGCCCUUGGACUUGGUGUUCAUCAUCGAUAGUUCUCGUAGUGUACGGCCCCUGGAGUUCACCAAAGUGAAAACCUUUGUCUCGAAAAUAAUCGACACUCUGGACAUCGGGCCUGUGGACACGCGGGUGGCAGUGGUGAACUACGCCAGCACCGUGAAGAUCGAGUUCCAUCUCCAGACCCACUCGGAUAAGCAGUCCCUGAAACGAGCCGUGGCGCGGAUCACGCCCUUGUCUACGGGCACCAUGUCAGGCCUGGCCAUCCAGACGGCGAUGGAUGAAGCCUUCACAGUAGAGGCAGGAGCUCGAGGGCCCUCUUCCAACAUCCCCAAAGUGGCCAUCAUCGUGACCGACGGGCGGCCCCAGGACCAGGUGAACGAGGUGGCGGCGCGCGCCCGGGCUUCCGGUAUUGAGCUGUACGCCGUGGGCGUGGACCGGGCCGACAUGGAGUCCCUCAAGAUGAUGGCCAGCGAACCCCUGGACGAGCACGUUUUCUACGUGGAGACCUAUGGGGUCAUUGAGAAACUUUCCUCUAGAUUCCAGGAGACCUUUUGUGCUCUGGACCCGUGUGCACUGGGCACACAUCAGUGCCAGCAUGUGUGUAUCAGUGACGGGGAAGGCAGGCACCACUGUGAAUGCAGCCAAGGAUAUUCCUUGAACGCUGAUAAGAAGACGUGUUCCGCUAUUGAUAAGUGUGCUCUUAACACUCAUGGCUGUGAACACAUCUGUGUGAACGACAGAACUGGCUCUUAUCAUUGUGAGUGCUACGAAGGUUACACCUUAAAUGAAGACAGGAAAACGUGUUCAGCUCAAGAUCAGUGUGCUUUGGGCACACAUGGCUGUCAGCACAUUUGUGUGAAUGACAGAGCUGGGUCCCACCACUGUGAGUGCUACGAGGGCUAUACUCUGAAUGAAGAUAAAAAAACGUGUUCAGUUCUUAACCAGUGUGCCCUGGGCUCUCAUGGUUGCCAGCACAUCUGUGUGUAUGAUGGCAAUGCCUCUUACCACUGCGGCUGUGACACGGGCUACACUUUGAAUGAAGACAAGAAGACAUGUUCAGCCAUUGAAGAAGCACGAAGACUCAUCUCCACAGAAGAUGCUUGUGCGUGUGAAGCCACUCUGGCAUUCCAGGAUAAGGUCAACUCAUAUCUGCAGAGACUGAACUCCAAACUCGAUGACAUUUUGGAGAAGCUGCAAGCAAAUGAAUAUGGACAAGUACAUCGUUAAACUACUCAAAUGUUUUACCUGGAAAUAACGAGCAUUUGGUGUAGUAAAUACUUUGGCAUACUCGAAUGUUCCUGCUACUAAUCUGCCAUUACAAAUGCUUGAAUGCUGCUGAAUCUUCUGGUGAACCAGUAUCAUUUUUCUAAGGAAAUAAAUGUCCCUAAUUAAGUGCAAAUUUUAGUGUCUCUAAAGCUAUGACUGUGAAAUAGUUGGUAGAAAAUACAAGAAAAGUUUUCAUAAUUUCUUUACUUCUUUACUAAUUGAGCCAUUUAAUUUUAAAAUGUUUGUAUUAGUAAGAUAACCAUACUUAAAUUGCAAACUUUUAAUCUAUAUUUUUUUCCUGAUAUAGUAUAAACCAGUCUUGUUACUUUAGUGUGUAACUUGUAGAGGGUAUUUACACAUAAAAGUUCAUAUAAUUAAAUUGAGAUGAAUAUAAUUUAGAAGUAUAUCGCUAACACUUUUUGUUUUUUCUCAUUUUUGCCAGGGUAUUGUUGAAGCUGUGAUCAGGGGAUUGUAAUACAUAUAUCUAAAAAUAGUUAACACAGAUUAAGUGAGCUGUUACAUACCAUUUUUAAUUCAUUCUGAUGUUAGAACGAGACACACACAGCUAAAGACUUAGUUGUGAAUUAAGUGUUAAACUAUUUACCAAGAACAAAAAAUUCUGAAUUUACUUGUUUUACUUUAGAAUCCAAUCAAUAAAAUUAUAUAUUUAUAAAUAUUGCUAUAACAACAUAAUCUAAUGUUUUUUUAAAUGUUAAUGAUAAGCCUGUUUUUUUCACUUACAUAUUUGAUAAAAAUUUUUUUCAGCUUUAAAGCUUAUAACUUUUAGAAGAAAGUAGUUCUUUAAAUUAUAGACGAUUCAUUCUUUUUUGGUUUAUGUUGUCUUUACUGUAAUAAAAACAUCAAUAUCUAUA